GAAUUGUGGCCAUUGGGUAUUUAGGGGUUGAGUGCAGGCCGUCCUAGCCGAGAUGAACACGACUCGAAGAUAAGGCGGUUAACUGGGUGCUUCUUUUAUUUUUGUUUGUUUCUGGGGAAACUGUUCCUACCAUGAAGCCAACCAUGGCAUCAUCCAUUUGCCUAUCGUUAUUGCCGCCUCCCAAAACCCUAGCGCCGGGUUCAUCGACUUCCAGUAUAUGCCGUUGCAGAUGCUCCCUCGUCGUCUCCAUUUCUAAAUCCCAUCAACUGACGACGAGAAAGAGGCUGCAGGUGGUUUGUAUGGCUCCCGAGGAAGAAAAAUUGACUCGUCGCAAUCCCCUCGAUUUUCCCAUUGAGUGGGAGAGGCCUAAACCUGGACGUAGACCUGACAUAUUCCCUCAAUUCAGCCCUAUGAAAACACCAUUACCACCACCAAUGCCAUAUGAUCCCCCUGAAGAAGAUGAAGAAGAGGAAGAAAAGAAAGAGGAAGAGGAGGAAGAUCCUGAUAAGGAAGAAGAACCUGACAACCCUGAGAAACAAUAAUGGAGUAGAUAAGAUGUCACAGUCAUCCAUUUUAGAACAUGGAGUUGAGUGGUAUAACCAUAUUUGAGUUGAGGGGAUUGUGCAGGCAUCUUCUUGGGAUUUUGUUAUCUUAUAUGGUUAAUAUAGGGAAACUUAGGUCCAAGUUCCUGUUUUAGAGUGUUGUAAUCCAUAAGUCUUUCUUAUAUAAUUAUUCUAGUUGCUUUUGAUUA